AAGUGCUAUUGCAACGGCACAUCCCCUUACAAAGCACCGUAUCGCCCGGUAUACUGCCCGGUCGCGCAGGGAUGCAAAUGUGUUCAUCCGUAAAACCAACCAGGGGUCAUAGAAUCGCUCCCACGAAUUGUCUCGCAAAUCGAACCCAAAUUCUCUUUUUUUUUUUCUGAUCUUGUUUAAUUAUAACCAAAGUGAUAAGUUGAUAUGCAAUCUCUAUCUUACAAGUCUUCUGCUUCUCAACUGACACAAGUCACUGCUCAUCAUCGGCGGGAGGGAAGGCAAGUUCUUUCGUCGUACUGUAGGACGUUAACGUUACGCGAAGGAUUUCGAACGAACUCGUCUGGCCAAGUCGAUGAUCGGCUCAGGAUUCCGAACACGAACAUUCCUAGUGGACGAGGUAUCGGUGUAUCCGGAGUACGGGCGCAGGGAGUCUCGAACGAGUCGUCAAUAAAAUUCCUUAAUUACCUCCUCUCAAUCCACUGGUGUCAACCGCCCCCCGAAACCCAUGUGAAAAUUCUUCCCAUUCCUUGACUUUAAAAAA